ACACAUUUACUUUCAAUCAAUAUACUUUGCAUGCAUUGUUAUCGUCAAAUUAAUUUGUACACAUUGCCAAAACACAGUGUCAUCACCCCAUAUUGUAAAGUUAUUAAACUGCACCUUGCAUCAUGCUAUCAAAAUAAAAAAAAGUUAAUGAUUGAAACAGAUGUUGAGUGAGCGAGCUGCCACGAUGGCGCAUGUUUAUGUUAUGUCAGUCAAAGAUGGCACAAAGAGAGAUGAACAGACUGAAGGGGAUGGAGGAAACCUUGCAUCUGUUGAACAGAAAGAUGCCUUUAAAGAAGAUCCAUUGUCAGAAAUAGAGGAUGAAUGGAGUGUACACAAUGAAACGUUUGAAACAGUCAGUGGUGAGGAAUCUGACGUGGAGGAUAAUGUCGAACCCUACCCUGUCCGUCAGCGGGAGGAGAAUCCUGACCUCCCGGAGACCUGCACGGUGCUGGAGACGCCCCAGGGCAGCAAAGUGUAUGUUGUGGGGACCGCCCAUUUUAGUACUGAGAGUCUGAACGAUGUCACUAGAGUGAUACAAGCGACACAGCCAGACAUAGUAUCAGUGGAAUUAUGCAUGGACAGAAUCAAAAUACUCCAACUGGACGAGGACACGGUGCUAAGAGAAGCCAAAGACAUGAACUUUCAAAAAGUUAAAGCAAACAUUGCUCAGAACGGACUGGUCCAAGGCUUAUUCAAUGUAAUGUUGUUGAAUAUUUCGGCCCGCCUAACCAAAGAGCUAGGGAUGGCCCCAGGUGGAGAGUUCAGACAAGCUUACAAGGAGGCUAAGAAGAUCCCCCGCUGUAAGCUACACCUGGGUGACCGCCCCAUACACAUCACCCUACAGAGGGCGUUCGCCCUUCUCUCCUGUUGGCAGCUCGUCAAAUUUAUCUGGCAUGCGUGGAACUUUGAUGAACCAAUUAGUAAAGAAGAUGUGGAGAAAUUCAAAGGCAAGGACCUGCUGGAACAACUCCUGGCCGAGAUGACGACUGAGUUUCCCGGCCUCAGUCAGGUUGUGAUCGAGGAACGAGACACGUUUCUAGCUCACUCACUAAAAAUGGCAGCUGAGCCAAUCCAUGCUCCAAAUGAACCAAAAGGUUACAUCCCCACGGUGGUGGUUGGGGUGGUGGGGAUCGGUCACGUGUCCGGAAUCAAGGCCAACUGGGAGAAAGAGAAAUACAACAUCGACCAGAUCAUGGUGAUUCCAGAAGUGUCCAGAGGCAGAAAAGUGAUGAAGUACCUUUUUCGACUAUCAUUCUAUGGAGCUGUUUGUUUUGGUUGUUAUAAAUUUUACCGUGUUGUUGUACCUCUGCUGACAUGACCACGCCCUUUACAGGUCACCAAUGAUUCUAUAGCAAUGAUCAACCAAUGGCAGUUAAACCCAGUCAGCCAAAAGUCACGGCAGAGAUCUCUGGUGUAGGGAUAUAUGGCUGUUCCCGUAAUCUCUCCACUGUUUAAUGGUUACCGUAACCUAAAUUCUUUUCUUUUUUUACACAUAGAUUUACGCAAGUACCUGUAAAUAUAUAAUUAAAGUUUAUAUUCGGGCCAUAUUUCUAGUCAAGUGCAUAUAUGCACUUAAUUACAUUCAUACAAUAUUCAAUUUUCCUGUGGAUUUUGGAGAGAACUGGAUUUUUUGUUCCUUUAUUAUUUAAAUUUACAGCUUGUUGUUGUGUUUUAUAUUUAUACCUGCAUAUUUGUAUAUUUGCUGUUGUUUUUCUCCUUUUAUGUGAAAUUGGUUAUAUGGUUUAAAAUCAAAUAUAUAUCCUAUAUAUAUGUCUUUAUAGAUAUACAGGAAUAUGAUACAAGUGAUUCAAGAAAAAUCUGUUUUUUAAUUUAUAUUUUUUUCCUGAUGAUGUUCAUCUGAUUUAAUCAAAUCCUUUGAGCCUCUUACAAUGAUUGCUACACCUCAUUUGAUCAGAUGUUAUGAAUGAAUGUAGGUCAAAUUCUAUGUAAUAAUCAUUCUACGUCACAAGCAUGUUCAGCAGAGCGGGUGCUUGCUUGGCUCGCAA